AUGAACCCGUCCCCCAAAUUCCAAGGGGAGGGAGGGGCAGAAGCCACCCUAAUAAUUCUUCAUCAAGAUCCAUUUUCGACUCUUUUACCCGGCCGAGAUAUUAGGUUCACCCCCCGGCCCUAUCAACAAUUCCAUGUUUCGUUUUUUCGUAAUAACGACCUGCCCGGAGAAAAGCCCAUCAGCCCGGAUGGCGAGCCAGGAAACAGCCCCUCGCGGGAGCCCCCUCGCCCGUGGGCCCCCCCGCCCCGAGGAGACCGUCCUGGCCCGUUGGGCAGCUCCCUCGACGGGACGGGGCUCAACAGGCGGGCGCCCUCCGGGCCCACCGAGGCAAACGGGUCGCCGUCCCCUUCUUCCGGCCCAGCUGCCCUCCGGCGUCCCUCCAGGAACAGGCGGGCUGCCCCCCACGACGGCGGGGCUCGCUUGGCUGGCGCGAGGUUUCUGGGGCCCGUCGGCUCUGCCCUUCCGGGCCCUCGGCUGCUGGGGGCGGGGGUCGAGCCCCCUUUCCCCUGCCCCCCUUUCCCCUGCCCCCCCUCCGGGCAGGGUCAGCCUGGCGGUGCCCUCCUCCCCGUCGAGGCGGCCGGUGCGACGUCGGGGCUGCCCUGUGAGGCCGGCAUGGCGGCGGCGGCGGCGGCGGCCCAGCCUCCCGGCCAUUGCGAGAAGGAGGGCGGCCACGAUCCGGCGCACGGGCCUCUCGCGGGCCUCGCUGGGAAUCCGGGGACUCGGGUUUCGGACCGUCAGAGCCGCCCCGCCCCGCCCGGGCCGCCUCUGCCCCCAGAAGGGAGAUUCCGGACGGGGCCCCCCUCCUUAAAGAAGGUCCCUUGUGGAGGGAAAGGAUUUGCUGUAAGAGUAUGACUAGCAGACACCAUCAAUGCCGCUCGCCUCUUCCCUCCCCCCUGCCCAGAUGUGCCAGGGUUGGAGCGCCUCCCCCGAGUUGCCCGUCCCCGGCUGAAGUUUCCCGGCCAGCCUCGCCGCCUCUGGCCUCCUCCCGGGAGACCUGGCAAGGCCCAGAGGGGCGGCCCCCAUCCGCACCCGGGGCAGGACCCUUCCUCCGCUCCGGCCGCCCGCUGGACUCGAACCGCCUCUGGCUCUGGGCGAGGGGGACGUCCUCCUUCCCCGCUGGAUUCUUCUGCCAACCGGGAAGCCGGCAGUUCCCACACAGAAAAAUGCCAGGAAUUACUUGCUGGUUUUUUUUUUAAAGACUCGCUCUGAUUUAUUGCCAUCAUUUUCUUCUUCUUCUUCUUCUUCUCUCUCUGUUUUUUUUUUGCUAGAAGAAUUUGAGCUCCCUCCCUGGCUUGGAAGACUUUUGUGUCGACUCUCUGGUUGGCGGGGAGGAAAAAUUUGCCUCGCCUGCCCCUGCCUCCUUGCCAUUUGCCCCGGGAAGAAAUGCCCCUUCUCUCUGGACUGCAGGAAAGUCGGUGGUUCCCUCACUUGGUGCUUUCCCUGGCCCCUCCUCUGACUUUCCGCCCUCCAUUUCUCUGUUCCUGCCUGGGUCGUCCUCCCACCCAACUUCCAGGUGCGGCUGCCCCCUCCCCUCCCCGCCCUCCCCUCCCCCGCCCCCUCCCGCUGGGCUGGCCAUGUGGUCCUCCGGCCUCCAGGGUUCCCUGCCUUGACCCUCUCUGGCUGGCCCACCCCUCUGGGAGCAGCAGUGGCGUAGGAGGUUAAGAGCUCCUGUAUCUAAUCUGGCGGAACCAGGUUUGAUUCCCCGCUCUGCCGCCUGAGCUGUGGAGGCUUCUCUGGGGAAUUCAGAUUAGC